AAGUUGUCGAAAUUCGUCGACAAGACAAUUCUAGUUUUAAUAUACCCAGGCAUGCAUCGCCUGGAGCAUAACAAGGCUCGAAAUGCAAGAAGAGCCCCGCUUUCGGUUGAUAACGCCCGAGGCUGUGUGCAAGGCACACUUCCACUCUCACUUCUUCAGCCACGAUGCCUUCAGCUUUACAGGAAUGAUGGCUUUUCGUUAAGCUCGAGUAUACUCUUGCUGUCUUUCCUUGGUUCUCACUAUUGAAUGAUUCUGAACCCGUUUUUCGUCGAGUGGGUCGCUAUGGAGAUAGUUGCGUCAGCUGCGUCAGUUACUGGCAUUCUUGCAUUUGCUGGCCAGGCUCUCAGCGGUCUUCUAGCGCUAAAGGAAUUUCUAGAGGCAAUAAAGUAUGCGCCCGAAGAAACAAAAGCUCUUCUAGACAACAUUCGAGGGUUACACAAAGUCCUUGAUGGUAGCAGAGAUCUCAUAUCACAAUGUGCCAAUAAUAGUCAUCCCGCUCUGCAAAGUGCCUUGUCGCAAUUAAGCGCUAGCAUUCAGAACUGCAGUUUCGAGAUUGGUUGUUGGUAUCGUGAGCCAAAAUUGCAGCAAAUGCAAACUAUAGGUGUUAACCGUUGGAAGGUUAUGGUCCAACGGGUUAGCCAAGCUGGAAAUAAAGAAUUGUGGCAGAGAUUAUCACGUAGGGUGUCGGCACAGAGGGACAGACUCAUUCUGGACUUAUCUCUUCUUGGCAGAAUAUACGAUCAGCUAGCCUAUGAACGCCGUUUACAACUGGAAUCCCAACUUAAGCAACUCGAAAGAGAUGUGGACUCGAUGUCCGAAAAGCUUUCCUCUGUGCAGUCCAGCGUUAGUAGUAUCGCAUCAAGCUUGAGCGUUAUUAAAAAGACAGGUGACUCGCAAUUAGCCGGGCGAGACGUACAUGGUACACAUUGGACAUGCGAUGCUCUAACUGGUAUUGAUGACGGUUUUGUGCAUGAUGGACCAAAUGGCCUCAGUCGAUGUCGAUUUUGCAGCAAAGAAUUUAUUUGGGAUGACCAAGAAGUUUUCUCACGCUUGGGAAAUCACCUGGUCAAUUUUCAUGCAUUUGGAAAAUGCAGCCUCGGCAUAUUUUACCAUACUCAAACCGAUAUCAUUCAACAUCUGACCAAUUUUCACCAUCUGGAAAAUCUAGAAGGGGAUGGUUCGGACUUAGUGGAUCUUUUGGCUCGUCCAAAUGACCUCGACCUCAGUCUACGCAGUCGAAGACCCGAGCCACAGCCAGUACCAAUCGAAGGGGACCCCAAUGAAUGCUUGAGACUAUUACCGCGACUCGAAGAACUUCUACGGUCCGUCGAAGCGGCACGCGAGCAGCUCGGAAUGAGUCGAAAACAGCGUAUGCAGAUGCGGAAUCUUGCAAACCGGCGUGUUGAUGAUGGCAACCGCGAUGUUCCAAUAUUCCACAUAUGUCGCUCUCUGGCACUAUUGGAUGAUGAACAUACCAUACGUGCCUUAAAAAGAAACGGAUACUUUCAAAUUUGCUACGAAAUUUCUUGCAUACAGGAAGAGCUCACGAUAGUUGGCUUCGAAGAUAUUCUCAGAUAUGAAGUGUAUUUGUCCCCAAGCCAGCUUGGUAUUAUUAGGAUAAUGAUGUCUGGGAAACAGCAUGAGUAUCGUGCUACGAGCAGAAUUUACCCGCGGUGGAUUCGUGGAACCGUCGCCGGUUCCCGUUUCCAAACACAGACGGCACCAAGUCAGCAUCUCUUCGCUACGCUAACCGAUGCUCACACAUUUAGUUAUGGAUCUGAUCUACUCGCAAAUCGUGGGUUACACAAGUCAGCGUUCGACAGAAGUCUACAUAUAUUUCGCUUAAAUAUCCAGCGUGCUUCUGAUACAGAGACUGUAGAGUCACAGACGGAGCAUCAAGCCUCUUCUAUAGAGCAACUGGUUCUACAGGAUGGUAAGAGAAGUAGGAAGACAGCUCGUCGCAUAGACACUUGGUUAUUGGGCAACUUCAUUCAUUCAAUCCCUACGAGGAGGCUCUUAUUGAGUGGCAAAGUUAGGAUUGGGAAGUUAUCCCAGUCUGUGUCAGACGAUGAUCCUUGGCAAUACCUACCACAAAUACAUGCGAUCAAUGCAGUGGAAUUUGCUCAAGUUAUUAUCGCGAACUGGUCUGACGUUGGAAGAUUCGGAAAAAUAAAGACAUGCAACAGCGUUGCUCCUCUUCACAGCAGUGAGGGCGGAGAAUCCGGUGAUCGGACCGUUGAAGCGGGUAGUGGUUGGCACACGGACGGAGUCGAGGUCGAAUUUACUGAUACCAGUGCAUCGGAUUACAAUCCCGCAACGCCGAAUUAAAGAAGGAGCCCAGAUAUCGUCGGCGAUAAGACUAUAUAUCGGCUCUCUGGUGCUAUUUAUUAGAUGUUGCGUUCUGGUUGACAAAUAGGCCGAGGUUAUUAUCAUCCCGCGCCACAUGGUGGAGAGAGAGAAAUCGAAGAUGGUACAUCGCCUACGAAAAUAGCUUAUUGAAGCUGUGGCGAAGCUAAGCUUGCCUAAGCGGCCGGUCGCAAAUGGUUUCACUAUAUCAUCGUAGGCCAAUGAAUUAUCUCUCUACGGAUUUUCUAUAUGUC